UACGCCUCUGUACUUGCAUUGUUUGUGCUGCCAUCCGCUAAAAUAAAACACAUAAGUUUGGAGGACAUCGAUAGAGCGGCGGCAGACGCUCACAGAUUUAUCGAGAACUAUAUUAAAACGGAAAGAGAGCUCAUCGAUAAGGGUGUAUUCCAAAGACACGGAUCAACUCAAUCGCAACACCAGGCCUUCUUCGGGCCGUUUGACGAAAACCAAUUCCAGUUAACAAAAGGAGGAUUUAUUAAUUUGUUGACUACUAUUAAGAUAAAAGAGAGAUUUAAGUUGACUAACGAAGAGGCGAGGGAUGGGCUGUGGAAGUACUCAUUGGAAAACACAGAACUGGAAAAGUAUUGCCUUCAAGAGCCGGUUUGCAAACUAUCCAAAUAUAGGACACCCGACGGCAGUUGUAAUAACCUUCAGCGACCACUUUGGGGGAAGUUUGGAAGUACUCAUUGGAAAACACAGAACUGGAAAAGUGUUUCGAGAAUAUCAGUUACAGGAGAAGAGUUGCCGGGCGCUCGAGUCGUAUCGUUAGCCGCGGCCACUGAUAGCAAUAUUAACGAUAAAAAAUUUACCUUAUUUGUUAUGCAAUGGGGACAAUUUAUCGAUCACGACCUGACACUCUCGGCGUCCACCAGAGCGUCGACCGGUGAGGGACUGAUCUGUUGUCAAGAUGCAGAGACCGCUGGUGUUCGCAAUUUUAGGCACCCGUCGUGUCUCCCGAUUCCCAUCCCGAGAAACGAUCCCUUUUAUUCUAAACACAGGCAAACCUGUAUGAACUUUGUGCGCAACGCCCCCAGUCCUCGGGCUAACUGUGCUCUCGGACAUAGGGAACAGAUGAACACUUUAACCCAUAUAAUCGAUGGAUCAAUGGUUUACGGAUCAGAUGCCGACCGAAUGAAGCACUUGAGAGAAUUCAAACGAGGUGAUGUGCGAGUGAAUGAACAGACAGGUCUGGCAAUGCUUCACAAUCUGUUACUCCGAGAGCACAACAGAAUCGCAGAAAUAUUACUACAACUGAACCCCCGAUGGAGUGAUGAGACCGUAUAUCAAGAGUCCAGACGUAUUGUGGCCGCAGAGAUACAACACAUCACUUAUAAUGAAUGGUCGCCUCUUAUCAUAGGUCGAUCCGUAAUGAAAGAGUUUAACAUUUUGCCCAAAACCUAUGGCUAUACCUUUGAUUACGACCCGAAACUGAACCCCAAUAUAAUCAAUUCGUUCGCAACGGCUGCCUAUCGUUUUCAUACUUUAAUUCAAGGAUUUAUUGAAUUAAUGGACAGCAAAGGAAGGGUUACAGAAAAACUUCAAUUAAGAAAUCUAUUCAAUAAUCCGCAGUCGUUGUAUAGAAACGGAGCUUUCGAUGAGUACCUGAAUGGCUAUGCGGGCGAACCCACGCAAACAUUUGAUAAGUUUUUCACACAAGAAUUAACCGAACAUCUAUUUGAAGAAAGAAAUACCGGAUUUGGUAUGGAUUUGAUUGCAUUGAAUAUACAGAGAGGCCGAGAGCACGGACUGCCCGGUUAUAACGCGUACAGAAAGAUAUGUGGACUCAACCCAAUCAACUCGUUCAAUGAAUCCGUUGAUGACAUCGAUUUGUUUAUCGCUGGAAAUCACGAGAAGAGAGUGUCGGACGCUGUGGUUGGGCCGACAUUUGCCUGCAUUUUGGCCGAACAGCAACGAAGGGGUAAAUUAGGCGAUCGCUUCUGGUAUGAAAAUGGAGAUAUGGCUCACUCUUUCUCUGAAGAUCAAUUGAGAGAAAUACGAAAAACAAGUUUAGCGCGACUUAUAUGUGAUAACGGCGACCAAAUCAAAAUCAUGCAACCAUUGGCUUUCCUUCAACCCAUCAAUUGGAAUGCUCGCAUUUCUUGUGACAAAAUAGCAAAAGUCAAUCUUCAGUAUUGGAAGGGAGAGAAAGACUUCGGAAGUUCUGCGAGACUUUCCGAACGCAAUUGAUUUUCAAUUCAUAAGUAAACUAUUAUUUAAUU